AUGCCCUGCUACAAGGACCUCGCUCUUGUCCCGCUGGAUGCCGGGUUCGUCCGCGGCUCCAUCCUUGCACGCUCGGGACGUGGUCCACGUUGUCCACCAGACGUAAGAACCUGGCAGCCAGAACACGUUGUGGCGCUUGCGCGGGCAAGCGAAAUCCGACAUGCGGAGACACUACGUGGAGCUGCUGAGCGACACCUCCAGCGCACUGCUACCGCUCCCAAGCUCCGCUGUCAGGCGCAGAUGGAGGAAAGCGGCUUCCUGCGAAAACUUGGUGCGGAGGCUCCCUCGCGGAUGACACUGGGCCUCCGGUAA